AUGAAGGGCUGCCUCUUGGGGCUGGAUAUUCUUGUGCCUCUUGGGAGUCAACCAAAGCUAGCAGUGAGCGGUUACUUACAAGAAUGGAGAAGUUGGCGAGGAGAAAAAGCUCAGUCAAUAGCUGAACUCUUCGAUUGCCUGAAGACGUGUGGAAGAGAGGACAUUGUUUAUGAGAUAGCAAACCAGUUGCAUAUUGAAGGUGAAACAAUUGAGAUUCCAGAUAAAAUGUCUGACAAAGGUGACAGCUUGCAGAAACAGAAGCCUUCCACAAUGUGUGCCCUUCUUCGGAAUGUGUUUCCCUGCAUUGUAAAUAAGCGUCGCUACAUUGACGAGGAACGGUCAGAGAAAACAGAGACCAUGAACCGGUUACUGGAUUCUGAAGGUGAACUGCAUCCACCACAAACGACUGUGCUCUCAUCAAAUCCAGCUGGGGUUGCCAGUGAGUACCGUGGACCCUCACCCAGUGCUCCAGUUCUGGAGGAAGUCGGUGUCGAAAAGUACUCGGACCAGACGUACUUCCAGCCCAAACCAGAAUCAUAUCCAAUCCAAGCGAGCUCUUGA